CUUUACUGUUACGUUGGCUGAAUGCGCAUACUGUGUAGAGCAAGAGAAAGAAAAAAAAUUUACGCCUUUACGCCGUCUGUUUUGAAUUUUGACAGUCUGCUUUGGCGACUCUGCUGUGUGAGAGAGUUUGUUAUAAUUUGUGUAUCUUUUUUUAAUUUAAUUUAGACUUUAGUAUAAAUGUGAGGUAAUUUAUACCUUGACUUUAAUUAUGUGUGUUUAAGUGGUUAACUGUUUAGUUCAAAUUAAUGUUUUCAACUUAUGUUUCGUGAUAAAACCACAAAAUAAUGAUAAUGUGCAAGUGGUCGAAUGAAUCUGUGACAUGCCUUCUAGUGUGUUUAAUUUUAAUAACUUCGACAAAGGAUUUUGUUGACUCUUUGGAAUAUGGAAGCCCAGCUGUGGAUUUCAGUCGACACACACUUGUCAGACCUAAUUUACAUCACGCGCGAACCAAAAGAGCGAUCGACACAACGAAACAAACGAGUGGUAUGCACCAUCCUGCUGUGACGCUGAGAGUGGAGAUAGAGAACCAGCAGUACGUGCUAGACCUCCGGUUGAACGAGGAUCUUAUCACCGGAGACCACACCAUCAGUCACCAGAAAGAUGGAAAGACUAUCACGUACAAACCUACCAUAGAGGAUCUAGAUAUAUGCCAGUACCACGGAACGGUUAGAGGUCGACCGGGAUCGUGGGCGGCCGUGUCGACAUGUCGUGGAGUAAGGGGGGUGAUAUACGACGGAAAGCAGAUGAAAUAUAUAGAGCCAUCUAACGAUAACAGAAUAGAUUCAGACCACUAUAUAUACGACCACGCGGAUUUGAAUACCAACUUCCAUUGCGGGUAUGUGGGAGGAGUCACCAACAACGCCAGCUAUGAUCCUGAGCUGAUGAAGAAACAUGAACACCAGAGGAAUAUGCAGAACACUCGAGCUGCAAGGUACAAACGGGAAACAUUUGAAGAUGCAAAAGUGCGUGGGCCUUUUAAUGCUAACAAAUUGUCGAGAUACGUGGAGUUGGUGCUGGUGGCUGAUAAUAGAGAGUUCAGGGCUAACGGCGAGAGCAUGAGCUUGAUACAUCACCGGUUCAAGGACGUCGCUAAUAUUAUUAACUCGGUAUACGCGCCAUUGAAUAUAUUCAUAGCGCUCGUUGGCAUAGAAGUGUGGAGUGAGCGAGACGUGAUCAUGUUAGAAGAGGACGGCGAUAGAACGUUGACAAACUUCCUGAAGUAUCGCAGAGAAGUGUUGCUUAGGAAAAUACCGAACGACAAUGCGCACUUACUGACUCGGCAGAAGUUCAAGGACGGCGUGGUUGGGAAAGCGUUGAAAGGCCCCAUCUGCACGUACCAGUUUUCUGGUGGUGUUGCCACCAACCACUCGGAAGUGAUAGGUCUGGUGGCGACCACCAUUGCUCACGAGAUGGGCCACAAUUUCGGCAUGGAGCACGACACAGAGGCAGAUUGUGAAUGUCCGGACGAGAAAUGUAUUAUGAGUCCAUCCAGUACUUCGAUAACGCCUACUCAUUGGUCUUCGUGCAGUUUGCGAUCGCUGGCUCUGUCGUUUGAAAGGGGGAUGGAUUAUUGCUUACGAAAUAAGCCCAAAAGUCUGACAGACUCGCCAACUUGCGGAAACGGAUUCGUGGAAGCAGGCGAGGAGUGUGACUGCGGUCUGAACCCAUCGGCCUCUUGUACCGCGUGCUGUGACGACACCAGAUGCUCACUCAGGAGUAACGCCACCUGCGCUGUAGGGGAAUGCUGCGAUACACAGACAUGUCGACCAAAGUCGGCCGGUACAGUGUGCAGGUCGGCCGAUAAGGAAUGCGACUUGCCCGAAUAUUGCACGGGGUUCUCAGAGUAUUGCCCGAAAGAUGUCUUCAAGAUGGACGCUACUCCGUGCUCAAAUAAUCGGGCUUACUGUGUGCGUGGCUCGUGUCGUUCUCACACAGACCAAUGUCGCCUUUUGUGGGGCUCCACAGGCUCGAGUUCAGACAAUAGGUGCUACACCUCCACAAACGUCAAGGGGGACAAGAAUGGUAACUGCGGGUAUCAACGGGGUGAUCAGCCAGUGUACCUUAAAUGUCCGCCAGCCGAUGCAAUGUGUGGUCUGCUGCAGUGUCGCCAUCUCAACGAGAGGCUCGAGUUCGGCAUGGAAUCCGUCUCGCAACUUUCAGCCUUAUUCAUAAACAAUAACGGUACCAUAAUACCCUGCCGCACAGCAAUGAUAGAUCUUGGCUUGAGCGACGUUGACCCUGGGAUGGUGCCGGAUGGCGCUAAAUGUGGCGAAGAUAAGAUGUGUCUGAACACGCGGUGUGUAGACGUAAGUGCGGUGCUUGCCGCGAUGUCGCGGCGCGAGUCGUCGGUCUGUCCGUCCAACUGUUCCGGCCACGGCGUCUGCAACUCUGAAGGACAUUGUCACUGCGACACUGGUUUUGCCCCACCGCUGUGUGCGUUGCCUGGUCCUGGGGGUUCCGAGGACUCUGGCCCAGCCUCCGAUCCGUCAAUUCAAAGAAACUUUAUGGUGGCAAUGUACAUCAUCUUCCUGGGAAUACUGCCGUCAAUUCUCCUCAUCCUAUUCCUCAUGUACUACACGAAACACGAUGUCCUCUUCUGGUGGAAAAAACCGAGAAAAACAAUGCCAUCGCCUAAGAAAUCUAGUCUACAGCGACGCCUAUCUCGCAGCGCAAGUAAGUUCGCAUCAAACUUCCAAAGUAAUAAUCCAGGAAAUGCCCAAGCAGUAAGCGUUCACACGCUCUCCAACCCUGACGACAUGAGCUCCAGCCUCUUGAGAAGCGACUCUGAUCACAGCCCCGCAGGCAACAUAAACCCAUCUGUCACUUUCUUCGGUAACUUUAAAGGGUUCAGCCUUACGCCAAUAGAUAAGAAUACACAAAAUGACAACGAAGAUCGAACUACUGACGUCGCUAAGAGUGCGAAAAUCACACCAGUCCAUAGAAGUGGGAGUAACAGUCAGAAUCUAGGAGGAAAGCCUAUCCUAAGAGCAGCCCCUCCAUUGCCUGUUGUUCCAAAUACAGCUAAGACUAGUCCUAAGUCGAGUCCGUCUAUUAAAAGAACUAAUAGUUCAGUUCAAAAUAAAAUCAAAGCAUUAAUGAGCACAGAUAAGACAGAAGAUGUUGUUGUCGCUAACCCUGCGCCACGACCAGUAAUCUCUAGUCCAAUCCUUGAAGCUUCCACCUGCACUGCCAAAGAACUUAUAUCCCCACUACAAGGCUCUAAAACAUUAGGCCCAGUUCGUGCUGCACCAAUUAUUCCAAACAUUACACCUGAUUUGCCAAAAAGACCAUUAAGCAUGCAUUCCGGGAAUGUUUUACAAAAACCACUCCCAGAAGAGCCGAAGAAAGUUAAAGAAGGCUUAUCUUUAAAUAGAAUUGCGUCUUUUUUAAAAUCAGAAAAACCAAAAGAAAAAGAACGGAAGCCUGUAGAAAGAAGUCAUUCUCUGCCAAAAAAUGCUAAUCAUCAAAUUAAAAACGCUAAAGCCAUGGAUAAGAUUGCAUUGCGCAAUUUGCAAAUAUCUAAUCCGAUAUUGCAAAAAGAAAUUGAUUUUCCGAUAGGUACUGUCCCAGUAGUAUCUGAUUCCGAAGAUAACGACGAUCCGAAAUCAUUCGUAAAUAGAGCUCAAAGUAUGCGGGCACCUACGCAGAAACCAUCUUUACAAACCUUUGCUUCGAUGAGACAAGCGCCUGGUGUGCCACGACCUUUAUCUGGAGUGGGACGCCCUACAGCACCACCACCACCUCUUCCUGCACAAGUUACAGAAAAAGAAACUUCGAUUUAUCAAAGUCCAAGGCAGCAAAAAGAGAUUAAAUCGACUGAUUAUGUUGACUGCAUUGAAGAGAAAGCAGCACCUUUAGCACAUAUCGAUGAAGAAUCUAGCGACAAUAUCUAUGCGAUUAUCGAAGAAAGUCCCGAGAAACAUUCGAAGGCCUUUCCAAUGAAAACAGCUCCACAGGAACCACCUGUCGGGUAUAAUACUCCUAAACCUAUUACCUCAGGAGGAAGCACUGAAAGCAUGGGUUUAUUAGGAGAGAUUGUCGAUGAAAUUCAGCACCGAAACUUUGACUCAAUUUAUUCAACGUCGACACUCGCCCGAAAAAAGAAAGAAGCUGCUAAAAAAGCAAAAGAAGAAAGAGACAGCACAUACAUGAAUUCUGAUUAUAAGACACCUGAAAGCGUAUACAAUAACUCAGGGGCUAAAUCGACUGUUUCGACCACAAGCAGUGGAUAUCUACAUCCUUCAGCUCUAAAUAUUCCUACACAUAUACAAAAGGAAGAAUCAAAGCAAGAAAUGGAGAAGCCACCGUCACCAUCAUUGAAGGCAAAUUCUAAAAUACCUACUUUUACUCGACAAAUAACUCCGCCCGGUCUGAGAAAUACGACGACAUUCAAAAGUAUUCCGUCCUCGCCAAAAACAGUUACGAAAAAUGUUAAUGCCAGACCAAUAUCCAACAGUCCAGAUGUUGUUUCGAGUUGUGCUGUAGCUGAUAUAAAAAACAUUAAAGCUCCAGACGUCAUAAACAAUAAUAAACCAAGUGAACCACCUAAAGUUGCAACUAAACCCAAUGUUACCAAACCAAAUGACAACCGUCCGCCUUUAAAACCAAUCCCUGUUACGGAGAAAAAGCCGACAACGAAACCCACGCUAAAACCUGCCAACUCAGGCACAAACUUAAACAAAUCAACGGAAAAAAUAGCAAUAAAUCGUAGUAAUUCUAAAAACGACUCCAACGUUAAGGCCAUAGCGGAUAAUUUAAAUAAAAAUCGUCCAAAAGUAGUUCCAAAACCAACAUCGCUCGUCCAACGAAGUGAUUCAAAUCCCAAAUCAAAUGUUACCAAACUAACUUCCAAACCGUCUAAUGUUGCAAGUUUACAACAGAAAUUUGAGAAUAGAAAGUCACUCGGUAAAGAAAUUACCACAGCGAAAAAAUAGCAUUUAAUAUUGUAGACCGUAUGUAGUUAUAUAUAUAUAAACGCUAGUCUUUGAGUAUUUAACUAAAUGGAAACGUCACGAUCAUCACGAACCAAGACAAAUGCUUUAUUGAGUAUAAUAUCAAAUGUGUAUCAUUGUAGUUCAAUAAAACUGCGAAUCAAAGUAAAUAUAAUAAUAUUAUGUAUUAAUAAUAUAUACUAUUUGGCAGUUCGUUUAUACAAUAAAAAUGUAAUCGAGAGAGACAUGGUUCAAGGAAUUACAAUUAUUUUACAGCUCAUUUUUUCGCGGUGUGUAAAUAUAAUAUUUACACACUACUCUAGUAGAUUGCGACCGUGUUUUUGUGUUUUAUAAAUUGUAGGUAGGUAUUAAAAAUAGUUUAAAUAAUAUAAACAAUUCUUCAUGCCUAUGUCUCCUUUAUUGUUUUUGUGAUUCGUAUUAUUUGUAGUUAAGGUAAUAUUGAAAUCAUUGAGGUACAUCCUAAGUCCAUUAUGUGUGAAUGUACCUCACUAAUUUCAAAACAUUUUCUCUUCUCUUUCUCGUGCUAUAAGUAAUGCACUUUAGUCAAAGGUGUGUUGAGCAAAAAAUUUAAGAUUAAAGAAUUAGUGCAUCUCAAACAUAGAAAACACAAUGUUUAGGAUUCGAAACAAUUAACGUUUCCUUUGGGUUAAAUACUCUACGGUUGUAGAUUGGUACAAUGAUCUGAAUAAGUUACGUGUUGUGUGUUAAAUAAUUAAAUUCAUGUGAUUGUUUUGAACGGUACAAAUGAUAAUUAAAAGACUGCUUUAAAACGAAGUUAAUUUUUGGCAGCUAUAAAAGUUUAUCUCUAGUCGAUGUUUAGGAGGUUGUAACCAAUAUAAACUUACAUUUAACUGAAACUUUAAAACGAGUUCUCUCGUUUGGGAGUGUACUUUUAUUUUGUCUAUAUAAGUUAUAUAAAUAUACAAUUUCGUGGUGAAUUUCAUAUCUCCAUCUCCAUAUGUGUGAUAUAUUUGUCUUGCGUAAAAAAUGUGAAUUUGAAAAAUCAUAAGAACUCGCUUUAAAUAGAGAUUAUUUUUGAUUGCACUUGAAAGAGUGUUCAUGUUUUUAGCUAUUCAAUGUGAAUUGUAAAUAAAUAGAUUUAAUAAUGACGUGUAAUAUGUUAAAGAUCUCUGUAAAUAUUCCGUAAGUAAAUUAAUUAUAAAAGUCGAGUGUCUUAAUCGUGAUAGGUAUUGGUAGUUUUCGUAUGUUUUAAAUUUGUCAUUAAUUUUUCUCGUAUUACUUUUUUACACUAAAUAUGUCAAACAGCAUAGAUGAUUUAUACGUCUAGAUAGUCUCUUGCUGUUAGACAACCGAUAAAAAUAGGCCAGGUUUAAUACUUUAGUGUGCGUGACAAGCUACGUCUUAAACUCGCGAUUUGUGCAUGCAUUGCUCAAAAUAGAGGUUAAUUCUAAACUCAAUUUUUUUCGGCGUUUUCACAGCAGUCAUAGUCUAUGUAGGCGUAUAAAUUAUCUAAGUGAUAUAGUUAAAAAAAGAGACAAACUAUGUAUUUUAUAUAUUAAUACACAUAUAUUGUAAUUGUAUUCUAUUGAGACGUGCGAUGUUUUUAAGAUAUAUCGUUGGAAUAUUCAUUAAUUCUACAAUAAAUGGUGCUAGGUGCGUUUUUUUACAAGUGAAUUGAAAAUAUAUUUUAUUCUAAUAGACAUUUAAAAUAUCUUUCACAGACUUAAAAUUUAAUGUCUUAAUCUGCAAUAUUUUAUAAUCUAAAGAGAGUCCUCUAUAAUGUUUAAAUACCAUAAAUAAGUUACAUUUUUCCCUCCUCUUCAUUCUAUCAUAGCUUUUAUUUACGUAGUAAUAAAUAUUCUUUAUAUCUCCUUGCAUAAUAUGUAUAUUUACAAAAAUGUAAACAAUAAUAGGUAAAAUCUAAAAGUCGAACAAAAUGACAGCGCUCUUGAUAACCUACUUAAUUAAUGAAAUCGUCCAUGAUAAAAUCGAGAUCACUGCCAGUGUACAAAACAUGGUGCUUGCAUUAUCGCAAAUAUUUUAACAUUAUUUAUAUAUUGACACGAAAAUGUUUAUUAUAAUUAGUACCUACAUAUUAUCUAGUUAGAGCUUUAACAAUAUUAGUUAACAAAUAUUUAGCCAGUUGUCCGCCAUUUUGUAAAUGUGACAGGUGUAACAAAAUAUGGCGCCCUUUUUUAUAUUAGGCUUGGCCUAGUGUCAUUUGGUAGCUGUAUUAUGACCUAGAUAAAAAUUACUAUCAGAAAUAAUUGUACAAAUGCAUCUGUAAAGUAUCCUAUGUGCUAUGGAAAUUUAAGCAACAAAUUGUUGUUUUUUUUUUUUAAUUUUUCACUGUAUACGGGCCUCGGCAAGGAUUUCGACGCUGUCAAAAUCAGUGUAGAUCUCACUAAUAACGCGCCAAGAAUUACGUCACCGCUUAAGAUAGGUGCCGGAGCAUACAUUAUAUUAUGGUAUUAUUUUAGAAAUUAGAUCUCUUCUGUUACCAAGACAAUUAUAGUGACAACAAUGAGCUGUAGUAGGUAAUGUCAAAAGCUCUCUGCCCGCUGCUAAAUAAUUAAGUGCAAUUUGUGUUCUGUUAAUUUUUGCUCUUUUAACAUAUAGACAUUGUGACGUCACUCAUGUCAAGUAUAACCAGUAUUAAGUUAAAGCUUAUAUAAUUUAUAUAUCUAGAUAGAGUCUCUUGAUGUUAGGCAGCGCGUGACAACAGGUCAGGUUUAUUACUAUAGCGUGCGUGCAGUUGCUGAAAAUAGAGGCUAACUGUUCGCCACAAUUUUUUUGACGUGAUCUCCGCUGUCAAAUUCUAGCUAAACGUAUAAAUUUUACAAGCCUUAAAGUAUAUUAUAUAUUUAUAUUGUUCCUUCAAACCACUCGUUUAAGUUACACAACAGUGAUGUAUCACAACACGCCUCAGGAGCGCACCAAUUAUUUAUACCGCUGUAGGCAGCAAGAGUUUCAUUUACGAGUCUUAAGUGGUGGCGAGGUAGAGUAUAAUAUUUGACUUUUCAAAUCUUUUUUUUUUUGUUUAGACUUACUAUGGUACUAUGCUACCCAUAAUCAUAGAAUAUACUAUCUUAUAGAAGACAGCUCGAUAAUGUGUGACCAAUUUAAGAUACAAAAUACUAAGGAGCUAAUGACAAGCGCGGCCGACUGUUUACGACUUGUCAACCAAAAUCGGUUACAGUAACAAUAGAUUCGCUUACUUGCACGCUUUUUUCGUCUUUACGCCUUUAUUGUAAUUGUAUGAGGUCCAAGACAGUUUUUUUACUUAUCUGUUGCUUGGUAUUUUGUUUCCAAUGUCAAAGAAGACAUUUAUUUAUUUUUAUUUGUAGAUAGAACUAUUGUUUAAUGCUACUGUUUAUUUUAAGUUAUUUUAUUAGAGAGUACAUUGUAAAUACAACCAAAGAUAUUGUAAUGUAUAAUUACUAAGGAGAGACAAUUUGUAUUGUAAGUUCCACAACUAUGGCACGACUUGUGAAAUAUGUUGCAGCAAGAGCAAGAACGAUCAUACAAAUUUCCUUAUUCAUUCAAUGACAGUCUUGAUUUUUUUGGUUUUAUCUUACUUAACAACAUAUAUACUUAUUUUUAUUUGAUUUUAUUGUCCAAUUGUAAAUCUAUAACAAUUUUUAAUAGCUCGAAUUGUCGGGGACCCAGUGCUCUGUGAAUGGCUAGAUCGCUUGGCGUUGCGUAGGGACGUCGCUUCAUUGUGUGUCUUCUACCGCAUUUAUCACGGGGAGUGUUCCAAAGAGCUGUUUCACCAGAUUCCUGCCUCAGAAUUCCACCUUCGCACUGCACCACAAAUUAAGAUAUCAUCCCCACCAUCUGGAUGUGUGGCGUUCCUCCACAGUGCGGUUUUCAAGGAGGUCUCUUCCACGUACUACAAAACUGUGAAAUGUGACUUAUGCGGUGUUUCCGGGACGAUACGACAUGAGUACCUUAAAAAAAAGCGCGUACACCUUCCUUCAAGGCCGGCAACGCUCCUGUGAUUCCUAUGGUGUUGCAAGAGAAUGUGGGCGGCUAUGAUCACUUUACUCGUAAUCCGUAACCUCGUUUGUCCUCCUUUUCCAUAAAAAAAAAUAAUUGUUAUUACAAACAAGAGUGAACUAAUAUGUUACUCCGAUUUUUAAUGACAAUUGACCGACAUACUUGAGAAUAUAAUCAUAGUGUUUAAAAUUGAUGUGUACGGUAUAAAAAAAAUAGUAUUUUCUGGUAUAAAUGCACCUUGCAAAUAAGACACACAGUUACGCGACGUCUUAACGUACAGAAAUAUAUAUGAACGAGUGUUCACAAAGUACCUAUUGGAUAAGUUAACCGUUCUUGUUCUCGCCGCUUCACAAACAUAUCGCAAAAAUGUGAGGUUAUGUUUUAAAAAGGGACAUAUAAAAAAAAAACUAUUUACUUCUAGUGCUAGUAGCCUAAUUAUGUAUGCUAAGUAAUGAAAUAUAAAACAAUGGCACACUUCGUAAUCUCCAUAAAAUACAUAAAUAUUUUUAAAUGAGAUUACGAAUGCGGGAUAUAAUACUAUAAUGCUACCUAUUAGCUUAUUGAAGUUCUUAUGAAACAUUGACAUUUACCUAAUAACCUAAAGAAUAUAUUAAGUUGUUUAUUUUUCUCGACAAUUUUUUAAAGUAUAGGUAGUCCCAAUUUAUAAUUAUAUAAAUUAGUAUUAAAAUGGUGUAAUUGUAAUAUUUUUUAUAAAGACUGUAAUAAUUCUCCAUUUGCCAUUAAUUUGUGGCUUAGUUUAAGUUACUGAGUUUCAAAAUGUUUAUUUGUCAGUGAAAUAAAAAAAAAUAUACUUCUGAA